AUGAGUUCAGAUAAAGCAACUAAAGCAUUAAAGAAAGAAAACGAAGAUUUAAAACUACUUUGUAAGCGUAUGGAAGAACAAAUAGCUAAGCUCACUGAGCGUAUCGACAAUGAACUUGACUCGCGAAGCCAUUAUUCUCAAACAGAACCUAGCGUACAGCCAAGGGAUAUUCAAUUCCUAAGUGACGAGUAUGAGGAUUUAAAAACCUUUCGAAACCAGGCGAAAGCUGAUCUUGUAGAGAUAAGAGGGAAUCUUAGUUUUCUAAUCGAACGAGUGAAGCGCUCAGAGGCCGCCAUUGAUGCCAUUGAGCAGUACAGUUACCAAUAUAACGUCAAGAUCGUUGGGAUUCCACAAUCAACGGAAAAAGAAUCUGCUACAACAACAGCAUCGCUUUUUGUUUAA